GAAAAUACAUCAAAAACGUUUAAAGUAUUCAUUCAACUUUACCAUUUGACAAGCACAACCAUUUGCUCCUCGACCUGGACGCCUUGCUAACCAUUCAAUCCAGUUCUUUUAUCUUUGCAUGUUCUAUUUAGUUUAAUAUUGUGUAGCAUUUGCUACUUCUUAUAAUGGAAUAUCAAGAAGAAAAUCAGUACUCACACACAUCACAAUCCAAACCUUCCAUGAGUGCCAUCCCUUCUCUCGGAAAGCCUCUUGCAGAAAUGACAGACUCCCAUGGCAAUGUACGAUCACGACUCCCAUCAAAGAUGCCACAACCUACAACCUUGAAGCGUCAAAGUGACAAGCCAAGCAACGAACCGGCACCCAAACGCAAGACACUCGCUGAAAGAGCAGGAGAGCCAGCUUCUACAAUGACUCGAACACCUUCUGUACGCAAACCAUCCGUGAGAGGAACUUCUAUUGUAGAUAUAAAGAACAAUUUCUCUCAACCACGAACCACUUCAGCUUCAUCAAUGUCAUCUCGAACACCAUCAGUAUCUUCCCGUCACACAUCAAACAGCAGCUUCUCUCAAAGUGUUGGGCCUGGACGACCAAAGUCUGCUUAUGGUUCACGCCCGCCAUCCUACAGCCAAUCUACAACUUCAAGACCCAAUACAUCCCAAUCCAAAGGUCGAACAAAUGCCUCGAGCACCUCUUCGGAUGAUGACGGUAUGCCACCCCCUGGAGGAAGACGAAAGCCCAUGAUCCCAGUACCUGCUUUUACACCCUCCCAACAAUUGAAUGGAAAUACCGAGUUGGAAGUUAUGAAAGUCCGCGGUCAUCGUUCAACCAACUCAAUGAGAUCUCAAUCCCAGGACAAUCUACGAGAUCUAUCCGUUAGUACGGCAUUGAGUAGGCUCCAGAUCAAUGACGAGCAGACUGAUCCAACCACGGGAUACAACUUGAAUUCAACUCCAAGGAAGGACCCUCUUCUUCGACACAAGUUUUCCCAGAGCGUAGGAUAUCAGAAUUUGAGAGUAGACAAUGAAGAAGCCGCACUUGUUCUAUAUCAGGCACCGGUUCAAAGCUCAGUAGCUCCGAAGACGCCUUCUCAUAUUCCUGUCCUUGCUAAGUCGGAAUAUUUCAAUUCUACACCCAUUACUCCUUGCAAAUCUUCCAGAUUUUCCCCUACCAAAAAACCAUAUUUAACAAAAGAUUCUAAUGUUUCCGGAGUAGCCUUUGAUGUACGUAGUCGCCUCGAAUCAAUGGAAGCAAUGUACGCCAGGCUCGCAUCAACAGUCGACGGCACAGGCAAGGAUCACGACGCACUUAGAAAUGCAGUCAGUGAAUACAAAACCAAACUCGAUGAGCUUGAAGGCCUCAAAACUCAUCUUUCGUCUUCCAACCAGACCUUACAAGCCAACUUGGAUGACACGACUCAGAGACUAAGUAUGAUUCAGCAGAAACUGAUUGACGCCACAAAUGCCUUGGAUGACAACAUUCGAGCACACCGUCUUGAGAUGGAUGACGUAAAUCGAAACCAUCGCAACGAGACAGAUAAAAUGAGACGAGACAACAUCGAUGAGCUUGACCGAGUUCUUCGUACUCACAGAAACGAUAUGCUCGAGCUCGAACGAAGAUCGGCUGUCGAACUUGAAGACCGAAUCCGGAGUCUCGAGCGACAAAGCGAUGCGAAAAUGGAGGAAGAGAGAAGCCGAAGAUUGCGUGAGGUCCAGGAACUUGAAAGCCAAGUCACUACGGGUCACCAAGGUUUGAACCUUGCGUUGCAGAUGAAGGAGCAAGAACUUCAAAAUUUGAAAACAGAGCUUGAAGAAUUGAAGAUUAAUAUUGAGAGAGAGAGAGAGUUGAAGGAGAAUGCUUUGAACACCAUCAAGGAGGUUCAGCAAACCAUGCAGAAGACAGGCGUUGAAACAUCAGCAACGAUUGGAACACUCGAAAGCACGGUCGCCAGCCUUCGCGCAAGAAUUCAUUUCUUGGAGUCUGGAAGCAAAGCCCAAUCCGAUAGUUUUGUUGAGAUGGAAGGCCGGCUCCAGGAAGCUCUUAACUCUGCCGAGGAAUCCAAACAGAAGUUGAUCAAGGAGGAGACUCUACGUCGCAUUCUUUUCAACCAGGUUCAAGAGUUGAAGGGAAAUAUUCGGGUCAUGUGCAGAGUUCGACCAACUUUCAAAGAAGGUGCAGAGGGUGAAUGCGCAAAGAUCUUAUUUCCUGACACCGACAAGGAGUCAAAGGAGCUAUCAAUCAUUGGAAAGGAGAAGAGGAGCAACUUUGGAAAAGUCUCGAUAGAAACUCACGCAUUCUCCUUCGACAGGGUCUUUGGACCAUCGAGUCAAAAUCAAGAGGUUUUCGAGGAAAUUUCGCAACUAGUCCAAAGUGCUUUAGAUGGAUACAACGUUUGUAUAUUUGCUUAUGGACAAACAGGCGCUGGAAAGACACAUACCAUGUCAUCUGCUGAUGGUAUGAUUCCUCGUGCCACUCAUCAAAUCUAUGAGUCCGCCGAAGCUCUUAAGGAGAAAGGAUGGACUUAUACGAUGGAAGGUAGUUUUGUUGAAGUUUACAACGAAGAAAUUCAUGAUCUACUGGGAAGCUCUAGAGACCUUGACAAGAAGAAGCACGAGGUCCGACAUGACGAUAAGAAGAAGCAAACCACUGUUACUGGAUUGGAGACUGUGCUGUUAGAUUCACCUAACGCGGUAGAAGCAAUUCUUAGGAAGGCGGACAAGAAUCGUAGCGUUGCUGCCACAAAAUCCAACGAACGAUCAUCCAGAUCACACUCUGUCUUUAUCUUGAAGCUUGUUGGACGAAACAGUUCUACAAAUGAGACUUCCGAAGGUACCCUCAACUUGGUUGAUCUGGCAGGUUCCGAAAGACUGAAGGUGUCUGGUGCCGAAGGUGAUCGAAUGAAGGAAACUCAAAAUAUCAACAAGAGUUUGAGUUGCCUGGGUGACGUUAUUGGGGCAUUGGGAUCAGGAAAAGAGGGUACUCAUAUUCCCUACCGCAAUUCCAAAUUGACUUAUCUCCUACAAUAUUCCCUCGGAGGAAAUUCGAAGACACUCAUGUUCGUCAUGGCUAGUCCAUUGGAAGCUCAUUUGGGUGAAACAUUGACAAGUUUGAAGUUCGCAACAAAGGUCCACAACACACAUAUUGGCACAGCGAAGAAGUCGACAAAAGUCCGAGAUUAGUAAAUGUUUAGCGUGAAGACAUUACGAUAGCAAAAGAUACCAUUAAUGUUUGCAUUUGUGUUUUUAUGGCGUUUCAUUUUCGAAUCCUGAACAUAGGAUAACUACUAGGAAAGAUGGGACAAGUGCUCAAUUCCACAUGAUUUUGAGCGAAACUGGGGGAUGGCGUUAGUCUGGAUGAUGGAGUAGGGUGUUUUGUAAGUCUUACGAUGGAUAGAAAGAAUUUGGAUCUUCUUCCUUCUGAGUUGUAUAGUUCUUUGGUAUUUGGAUGAACGGAUUGGAUGAAUGAAGGGAUGAAUGGGGUGAUAAGCUAGAGGUGGUGGUGGUGGUGGUGGUAGUUUGUCUUUCAAAUCUGCACAUAUUCA